AUGGACGCGACGCCGGCGGCGAUACUCGUGGCGUGCCUGCUGCUCUCCACGGCGAGCAGCUCCGGCGCCGCCGCCGCCGGCUGCCUGCCGUCGAGCAUCGUGGUGACGCAGUCCGGCACGGGGGAGUGGGCGCACGGGCAGCCGGUGUACGCGGUGGCGGUGCGCAACACGUGCGGCUGCGCCCAGUCCGACGUGAAGGUGGACUGCGCCGGGUUCGACACCACCCUGGCCGUCGACCCCGCGAAGCUCCAGCCCUUGCCGGCCGGCGGGCUGUGCCUCGUCAACGGCGGCGCUCCGGUGGCGCAGGGGCGGGACGUGACGUUCAGCUACGCCUGGAGCAGGCAGUUCGGCUUCCGGCCGGUCUCGUCCACGGUGGCGUGCUAG